AUGCUGUUUUACUUUGAAGAUUCAAAGGAUGGUACCGGCGUGGCAGUAGGUGUUGUUGUUGGACUAGGUGUGGUGGCUAUUGUAAUCAUACUGGUUAUUAUCUGGAGAUACAAACUGAGAUCCACGAAGGAAGAUUCGAUAGAUGACCCCAGAGGACAAGAGCUGUCUCAGUAUCGAACAUCACCCCGAGACAAUGAUGAAAACGUUACCGAACCCUUAACGGACUCCGAAAAUGUUUACAUCAACGUUGUGGACCCAGGAGUUAUAGGACAAGUUGACUGCAAUGUCAAUCCUGUUGGUAUAGCCAUUAAUGACCUAAAGUCAGUAGUGAACACUAAAAUGCUUAACCAAGCGAAGGCCUUUGAAGAUGAAUACAAAUCCCUGCCAUCAGGAGAUUUACAUGAACAUAAAUUCGCAGUGCUUACCGAGAACAAACACAAGAACCGAUACAAGGCCAUAUUUCCAUAUGACCAUUCCAGGGUGAUCCUUGACAGUCAGGACAAAGACUCUGACUAUAUCAACGCCAGCUACAUUGACAGUGUCACGCAACCUGCCGAGUACAUAGCAACACAAGGUCCGACAUAUAAAACUAUUGACGACUUUUGGCGAAUGAUCUGGCAACUCAAAUCUGGAAAAAUUGUUAUGCUGACCAAUCUUGAGGAAGGGACAAAGAAAAAAUGUGAGAAAUACUGGCCUGACGAGGGAGAACAGAUGUCUACGGUACACUUCAGUAUUACACUGAAAAAAGAAACAGGCUAUGCUUUUUAUGUUAUCCGGGAUAUUAUUGUUACAGAAAGAGAAACUAAGUCUGUGCGACAAAUUCACCAGUUCCACUAUACUACGUGGCCUGACCACGGGACUCCGAACCCAAAAGAACUCGUCGUCUUCCACCGCAGAGUGAGAAAUUACAAGACUUCCCUUAAUGGGAAAAUGGUGUUUCAUUGCAGUGCUGGUAUUGGAAGAACUGGAACGUUCAUCGCUCUUGAUGCUUUGUUUCAUUACGGAAGAGAAUUCGGAAUUAUUGACGUCAUGGAGUACAUUGUAACAAUGAGGAAGGACAGGAUCAACAUGGUUCAAACAAGUGACCAGUACAUUGCCCUUCAUCACAUCCUGAUAGAAGCUUUUGACAUGCCGGAUACGCUAAUAUCACGAAUUAAGUAUCAUACAUCCUUAGAUAACCUGUCUGGCAACGGACCACGUAAUCAAGCAAAGCUAUGGCAGGAAUAUCAGUUGUUGCAAACCACGAGGCCAGUAUAUACCCAGGAGGACUAUCAGACAGCACUUCUGGCUGUCAACAAUGACAAGAAUGUCGAUCCUAACAUAUUACCAGUCGACAAAUUCAGAGUCUACCUGAUGUCAUAUGUCUCCGGCAGAACAGAUUACAUCAACGCUGUUGCAGUUCCUUCCUACACCUCCGGAUCUGGUUUCAUCAUUACCCAAAUUCCUUUAGAGGAUACCGUUAUUGAUCUGUUAACCAUGCUUAUGGACAACCAGUGUGAUACCAUUGUCAUCAUUGGAAGGGACAGUCUCAAGUGGUUGCCGAAAGAGGGCAUUGAUGAAACCAUUGGAUCCUUCGUGUUGAAACAUGCGGAAGGGGCUUCAAACCUACAUAACGUCGAUGUGCUAGAUAUUGGAGUCACAAAUCACAGCAAUCAUUAUGAUGCCAAUGUUCGGAUUUUCUGUAUGACUGGUUGGGAGGGAGACAUCCCACUUCUGUCAGAUUCCUCUACACUCCUUCAGCUUCUUGAGCGCAUUGACAGUAGGCGGAAGUCGAAUGACACCAUGAGGACAGUAGUGAUGUGCCGAGACGGUUAUACCAAAAGCGGACUCUUUUGCUGUAUUGGAAACGCACGGGACCAGAUGAAAAUGGACGAUGAAGUCGACAUUUAUCAAGUCUCCCAACAACUGAUUGUUAGACGACCGCAGUGCAUCACAAAUUUUGAGCAAUACCAAUACUGUUACAACGUAAUCAACGAAUACCUUGACAACACAGACUUGUAUAUCAAUUGA